CGUCGAUCGAGGGUUGACAGGCUCGCCAUUGACUGCUGUCUUCAUGUCCAGCUCACUUCGCAACGACUCGAGAUGAACGUCGUCAUGGAAUACCCAUUUUCCCGCGCUUAGUGCCGAUAAGGAUAAACGGCGGGUGUGGAGUAACUCUGCCUCACCACCAUCAAAUAAUCCGGGGCUGGUGAUGCGGUAAAACACUCACCGGACCCAACGAAUGAUCCUGAUCGUGAAGUUCGGAAUGAGCAGCCGGCAGUUGGGCACCGAGAUUGAGCGUUAGGGGGUUCUCACGGGCCACGUCAGAAGGUUAGAGAAACGCCCACCUUCGCCAGUUCCCAUCCUUUUCUUCUUCCAUCCACAUACCCAUACACCGCCCAUACCCAUACACAAUUCAAUAUGUCGACUGAUAAGGUUACCUGCUUGUUGAACUGGCACGCUACCCCCUACCACAUCCCCAUCUUCCUCGCCCAGGCCAAGGGCUAUUUCGCGGAGGAGGGUGUCAAGGUCGCCAUCAUUGAGCCCAAUGACCCUUCUGAUGUCACCGAGAUCAUCGGUUCUGGCAAGGUUGACAUUGGUUGCAAGGCUAUGAUCCACACCAUCGCCGGUAAGGCCCGUGGUUUCCCCAUUAAGGCUUUCGGUUCCCUCUUGGACGAGCCCUUCACUGGUGUCAUCUACCUUAAGGGAUCUGGCAUCACCACUGACUUCCAGUCCCUCAAGGGCAAGAAGAUCGGUUACGUCGGAGAGUUCGGAAAGAUCCAGAUCGACGAGCUUACCCGUCACUUCGGUAUGUCCCCCGAGGACUACACCGCCGUCCGUUGCGGUAUGAACGUCUCCAAGGCCAUCAUCAAGGGUGAGAUUGACGCUGGUAUUGGAUUGGAGAACAUCCAGAUGGUUGAGCUCGAGGAGUGGCUCGCUUCCCAGGGCCGUCCCCGCUCUGACGUCCAGAUGCUCCGCAUUGACGAGCUCGCUGAGCUUGGAUGCUGCUGUUUCUGCUCUAUCCUCUUCAUCGGUAACGAGAAGUUCAUCGAGGAGAACCCCGAGAAGAUCAAGGCUUUCAUGAAGGCUGUCAAGCGCGCCAACGACUACGUUCUCGCUGAGCCCAAGAAGGCUUACGAGGAGUACGUUGACGUCAAGCCCAUCAUGGCCACCGACGUCAACCGCAAGAUGUUCGAGCGUACUUUCGCUUACUUCUCUCACGACUUGGCUAACGUCAAGCGUGACUGGACCAAGGUUACGAACUACUCCCGCCGUCUCGGCAUUGUCGACCAGGAGUUCCAGCCCAACUACACCAACGAGUUCUUGUCCUGGAAGUUGGACGACGAGUCCGAGGAUGGCAAUGCUAAGCAGCAGUGCAUUUACAGGAUUCAGAAGGAUGUCGCCGAGAAGGGAGGUGUCUUCUCCGGAAACGCUGCCCGUUUUGAGAACCAGGUCGUCGAUGCUUAAGAAGCUUACGAUAGGAAGAGUACGAAUAGGAGUUGAGUUGUUGACGAAUUGCAGCUGGAUUUCCUGCAAGGUUUCGUUGUAACGUAGUCUCUUUACAAUAUAUAAAUACCAAGAUAUUUUCUGUG